AUGUUGAAAUUUUUACUUCUUGUUAAUAAGCAAGGCCAUACUCGUGUUUCGCAGUAUUAUGAGUAUUUGGAACUCAAAGAAAGAACAACUAUGGAAGCGGAGAUAACGCGCAAAUGUUUAACAAGAAACGAUGGUCAAGUAAGUUGUACGGAGAUAUGGGGUAGUUUACAGAAGGUCAUUAGUAUAAAUGACUUUUUUGUGUGGCUAAGAUUUCCUUUAUACAGUCCUAUACAUAUAUUAUGCAUGCAGCAAUCUCACGCUAUUUCACAGAAAUAGUCAAUAUGAAUGGAAUUGAAACAUGUUUGUGCAAUGCAUGGGGCUGUACAGAAACUCAAAGGAUACAGUACAGAUGACUUGCUAUUGAGGACGAAAGCUGCUGGGUUAGAUUAUACUGCUGACUGGAUGAGCACCGGUCUGCCAGGCAAGAAGCUGCAGGUUCAAACCUUUGUCAGACCAACACUUCGGGUCUACUGGAAAUAUGUGUCUUGUAAACCCUUCAAUACUCAGUGUAAAUAGAGCCACUCAAGUUUAGCCGUGAUGGGUGGGGUUAGGAACUUUAGUGGGUGACGCAGGGUUCUGAAUUCGGUCAGUGUAAAACACAGACUGUGGACUGCAGACUGCAGACUGCGGACCAGGGGUAAAAUGCAGACUGAGUGUAAAAUGCAGACUGCAGACUGAGAGUAAAACGUAGGCUGGGGUAAAAUGCAGAAUAAAGACUGUAGACUUUUUUAAACAUUUGUGCUCCUUCUUCUCCAAAUCGGUGAAAUAGCUAGCCGGUAUCAGUUACACACUUCGCUUCCUAGUCGAAGUGCAUUGCACAUUCGCCAGAAGUUUCUAUGAACAUCCGAACAGCUUAAGUCUGCGUACCUUGAUUUGCAAUACUUUCAUAGAAGGUCAUCCAAAUUCCUGCAGAACAUCUUUCUUUGUUGUUGGAAUAUGAUUUACUCCCUUUUUAUCGCCAUAAUUCUUCCUGUAUAGUAUUUUGGGUCAGCAGCUUCCAUUUAAGCGUAAACAUCGUGGUGUUGUACCAAAUUCACGGUCCCUGGUCACGUAUAUCGAAAACUUCGCGUCUAAACUUGAAGCGUGAGGUCUCUCGGAUGGAAAAAAGGUUCAAGAUUGCUAUUAUAUGUUUUUGGGUCGUCGACAAGGUUCCAGAGAAGAAAGUCCUGAAUGGCGGAUUUGUGAAAGCAGAUGUCGUCAAGUAAGUGUUCGUUUACAUGUAUUUGCGGGAUUUUUUGACCCUUAAACCUUUCCACAACUACAGUUUAUGCUUGGUCUGCAUUUUACCCCAGCCUGCGUUUUACUCUCAGUCUGCAGUCUGCAUUUUGCACUCAGUCUGACCGGUUCUGAAUUGAACCUGUAACCAGUAACACCUGUCAUGGGUGUCAAGGAAUGUUAUAACUGUCAAAGCGCUUCAACUACUUGAUCAAUUCAUGUAUCAAAUGCAAAUAAAAGGACGCCUUUUUGAGUAAAUGACUGUGUAAAGUAUUGACUGUUAGUUGCUUUUGCAAUGUACCUUUUUUGGUUUAAGUUGUCAAAAUGAACAGCUUAUCAGCAGACCACAGAAUGAAGGUACAAUCACUAUGCUUUGCAGCAUCACCGCAAUGUUGAAAUAUGGCCGCCAUAUUAAACUUGUGCAUCUGAGCCCAGGCCUCUUGCAGGUGUUGUCUUUCCACAUGCAAAAACGUGGCCACUGCAAAGCAUUUCUGAGCAUCUUAAACCAAAAUUUUCCCAGGGAGCAUGCCAUGUGUUACACCGAUAAGUAGCACAGCAACAACUGUACAAAAUAUUAUUGAGAACUCUGGGUAACCCACUGUAGAAUGACAGUUUUACAAUACAGGCGUUGUGGAGAGGUUAAAACAGAAUGACUCUUCAUUGUAUCAUCUGGGACAAAAAAAAAAACACAGGUAGAGGUGAUAAACAUAGUGAAAUUUCGCAGUUUUGUAUGAACAUGAUGUUGCUACCAAAUUUGUUCCUCUUCUUCUUUGCUGCAAUCUGCCCAGGAUGAUCUUAGAAAACUACUUCUUCAAAAUGGUUACCCCCAAGGGAUAAUCAACUUCGACGUCAAUCAUGUGCUAGAAAGAAACACAAAUAAGCCAGCGACCGCCCUCUACCUAUGGUACCUAAAAAGGGUGUUAUUAUCCUGUUAACUUAAUGUAUUUACCUGUUCUACUACUGUGUUUCUGUGGUAAUUUAAAGAUAAUUUUUCAAAACACUUGCCAUAAUAAAUCUUUCAUUCGAUCCACUGCCUAAAUCUCCCUCAAAGAUCCAAAGUCAUGUACAAAGCUAGUUAGUGGGAUUGCAACAAUUUUUACAUUUGAAAAACUAAGCAAUGACUUCAUGAUAGGGAGACUGAACACUUCAAGGCCCUCACUAAAAAUGAUCACUUGUUAGCUUUUGCUGAGCAUGUAAAAGCCACCAGACAUGAUACAUGUAUCAAGUGGGGUCAUUUUGAUAUUUUAGUGCCAGGGAAGUCCAAAUUAUUAUCAAUGCCAAGAUAAAAGAAACAUUGUAUAUACAAGGUCUUAAGCCAGCUUUAAAUGUCAACAUCAGCAGUGAAAAGCUGAUACUUAGCUGUUGCCUUAUAUAAUUUUACUGUUAAGAAUUUUGAAUAUUGUUAAUCUAUAUUAAUUUUUAGUCUUGUCAUACUUUUAAUGGUCACUAGAGAUCACUAAUUUGAAAAUAUAUGUUGACUAGCAAUUAUACAAACGUCAAGUUCAUAUAAAAAUGCAAAAGUCCACUAUAUGUUUAUCACCACUGUUUUUGUUUUAUUUUUGAUUAAGCUACGAUGGUCCAAGAACAAAAGUCUUUAUGGGACAAAAAAGUUGAUUUGUUGAGAGGUAGUAGUUAGUAAUGGUUGGGUUGUAACCUGUUACCAUGAAAAUAGUUAGUAUGGGUUUAGCUUUGAAAAUGAUUUAAACUUGACUUAUUGUUUGUGUAAUUUCUUCUUUCAGUGUCCUUUCUUUGAAUUUGAGAAUUUUAAAGUCAUAUACAAAAGAUAUGCUUCACUGUUCUUUAUUGUUGGAGUUGAUUCAGAAGAGGUAAGUGUCUUAAGUCAAGUGAUUAUGUUAUCACAGUGCAAGGUGAUUUUUUGACAGCCGGCAUGAGUCUCGGGUCAAUGACCCGACAAAGAAGGCUUCCUGACCCGACAGAUGACAUAUAAGUAUUAAACUAAAUAUAACGAAAAAAUUAGCAGGUGGUCUUGGUGAUCCCUCAGACCCCUCACUUGAAAGAAUUAACUGGAACGCUGUGUGGGUGUCAUGGCUUAAAGAACCUUGUCCCCCAGGAAUCAGUCCAAUCAUUUUUUCCCAAUUAGUUAUGGCUGAAAAAAAAUUACUCUAACCCCAUGGGAAUUUGUUCAGUUUUUGUGGUGUCCUUGAUGUCAUGGCUCACAGAACCUCAUUCCCCAGGAAUCAGUCCAGUCAUUGUUUAAAUAAUGGGUGAAAUAAUUUUCCCCUGGGUUGAUACAUUAUUUGGAUUAAUUAACCAGCUGUAUUAAUUUCACUUAUGAAUCAUUUUUUUUUGGGUGGAUUAUUUUUCAAUCUAUGGUUUUACUAUUACUCCUUCUCUUAGAAUGUGAAGGGGUUUACGUUUCCCAGCCCCUUCCCUGAAUCUACUACAGGGAAAAAUAUUCCAUGGUUAAUGCAGUAAAAUUGUAGAGGUACAGAUAUUGUAUUAUUACUUUUACUUCAUCGUUUUCUUACAGAAUGAAUUGGCAAUACUAGAAUUCAUUCACAAUUUGGUAGAAACGUUGGACCGCUACUUUUCUAGUGUGGUGAGUGUGAUUGCUUUUUAUCUUUUGUUAUUCAACCCUUUCACUGUUUUACCGUAUAUGGAUAUGAGAACAUGCAAAAAAAAAAACGUCCAAAAAAGGAGCCUGAAAAACUGAGUAAUGUGAAAACUGGGUGAAAUAUAACAAACAAAGUGCACUCGCUUUAUUUACAGAUGUUGCAAACGAACAUUUUGGCCUGAUAUUCCUUGAAAGUGAUGUGAAUAGCAGAAAAAUUGCACCUGAAAUGUUCUUUCCUGAAUUGAAUGUCACAAGAAAAAAAUCAGCCUUAAAUUUAAGAUCGGUGCUUUAUGCUUAACGUUUUUUCACUGGUAACAGCAUUUAAAUGCUCAAACAGUCUGGAUGGAUGAACCUCCCUUUUCUUGUUGUAAAGCUUCCAACUUGGCUCUUCUCCUGGGAGAGGUUACAAUACCCUGCCACCUCCUCCCGCCAUAAUACUUUUUAAAGGUAGAGUUACAGUACUAGUUAAAAUAAUUGUUCACAGGCGAAGCAAAUCAGUUACUAAUUAGAUUGUUUCCAUAUUUUUUUUCAGUGUGAGCUGGAUGUAUCCUUUCCUCAAACUUGAUCUUCUUUUUCAUUUGGAAAACCACUAGCCCUCCUUUAAUGCAACCUCGUUCCCAGUGUUCUCCCAUUCUUGGUCUCUUCAGAGCGAGUUUUGAGCAGCAGAGAAUCCUGGGAAUGAGGUUUUUGCUUCAAUGAUGGGUUCCUGGAGAAAUAAGUCCCUAACAGUCGCUCAAUAAUCACAGUUUCGACUUAACAUGGGUCAUGAGUUUUAUGUGCUUCAGUUUUUUUAAGAAAUCCCUGAAGAAGUAUAACUACUGAUGCAGCUUCCUUGACUUGCCGGUUCUGAAGAUAAUGUUUAAUCUCGACAAAGUUCAUAUGAUAUUGGAUGAAAUGAUCAUGAAUGGACAAAUCGUUGAAACCAAUAAAAAUCGAAUCCUGGCGCCUGUUGCAGUUUUGGACAAAGCGGCCAAAUGAGAACAUCCUUUGGCAAAUGUAAGGUAAACGGUGUUUUUAACGACAGAAACGUUUAUGUUAUGAGAAGGCAGACUUCCGCUAAUGACAUUGAACCAAAACUGCUUUGAAACACUCAGAAGAAACUAGUAAGCGCGCAAUCAGAUUUUGUACCAAUCAGAUACAACCGCUAGUUAGCGCGGGAAAUUAUGUAACUAGUCCUAGGCAUGACUGUUUAGUUUUUUUCACCGCUCGGAUUUUUGAUAUCGUGUUAAAGGGGGGCUCUUGCGUCCUGGGACCGGUGCGAAGACCAGUACAUGUUAAGUCCAGGUAGGAGGUAUAAAUGUCAGUUAAAAUCUGCAACGCGUUUCGUUUUAUUAAGACGAAAAGUCUUAAGACGUACUUGUAUUAGUUCUUCGUUCUACCCCAUAAAUGACUCGAAAAUCCUUCCUUACGAGUUAGGAACGGAUUUCCGUAUUAUAAACAACUUUCAUUCGACGGCAGAAUAGACGAAAACGAUUGGAAAUUUCAGGCCAACUUAAGCGCGAGCGUAAACGUGCACUUGCGCGCGCAAAAAUAGAAAAAGCUUUUCAGCAGUCGUCUUUGUUUCGUCACAAGACGCACGAACUUUUCAGAACGAAGCGAUCGUCCUUUGAUUUAAUCGACAUUUUUUCGUUGUUGUGUAAACAAAAGUUACUGGCAAGCGAUAAGCGAUGGACAGGCUUGUUUGGGUUUGUGUCGCGUACACAGCUGCUACAUUUACUGUUGACUUGAUUGAUUCAUGUUGGUGUGCUGGAGAAAUUUUAUAUGACAUUUACAAACAACGCCGUAAACAAGCAGAAAAGGUAAGCAGGAAAAAAUGAAAAGGAAAGCACCAAAUUUUUUGCAGCAUCCGUUGUUCCGCUUAACCAACCGAGGUUCCAGGUCUGUCGAAUGGAAUAGUCAGUCUUACACUGACUUUUUAGUGAGCUGCGUCUGAUUAAUCUCGCACGUUGUCUAGGACCUGGCCGUGGCUAAUCUAGUAUGCUUUAGGGAGACUAGGGCGUGGGCGGCCCACACCAAUCGGGACAUUUUGAAACUGCACAUUUUUUACGCGGAUUUGUGUUGACGGGUUCUUAAACCACACUGGAGAGAAGUUUCAAACUGCGAUGCGUUUUCGGUGAGCGGAUUCACUCGGGUUUCGUGUGAACGAUAGACCGAUUCGUCUUAGAAAUUAUAUUCGGUUUCAAACUGUCCGGAUUUGUUUGCACUUGGCCUAAGCAUCCCGUAUGACAACAAAAAUUGCAAGAUGAUCACGUGGUCAGUUUAGUACCUUCAUUACGUUUGACGUUUGACCUUUGUGAGAAACUUGUAGAACUUUUUUGAUGUAUUGUUGAUCGGAUACUUAAAAAAUGGUAUCUAGGUCAUCUCUAAUGUCGCUCGAUGUAUUAGACGUUAUGCUUAACCUCUCUGUUGCUGUUGUUGAUGUGUAUGUGUGUGUGUGUAUUUUUUUUAAUUGACCUCAGUGCUUCUAAGCACUGAUGGGUUUUUGAUCCUGUUUAUUAUUAUUAUUGCCGCGGGGAAACAAAGGGCCAGUUAUUUAAACGGGGUUUAGCCAGUGUUUAACAAAACUGCGUUCGAUGCCUUUUUCAGUUUGUCCUACGCUUUGUCCAAAGAUUUGCUUAACCUGGGCCUAAAUUAGACUUCUUUUAAAUAACCGACCCAAAGGUUUUGGCCAGAUUCAAAACGCUUCUAUUCAGUCCUUGCACUUAUUUGUCUUUUCUGGCGUGCUGUUUCCCGAACGGUUCUUUUUCGUCUUUUUUCUUACCUGAAAAAAUUUGCUGGGCUGGUCUUACCAUAAGCGCUACUUAUCUUAGUUUAAAAUAAGAUUCAAACUUUUUACCACUACAGUAAGAGAAAUGGAUUUUAAGCUGAUAAUCUCGCUUAGUCGCCUGAUCACGGUAUAACUUUUAUUCUUUUUCAGCGAAAACUGCAUCAGGAG